AUGUUCAAGCAGCUCCUCGGUGGCUUGGCAGCCAUCGCGCUGUGGCAGGGUGCUGUUGUAGCGACGCCAGCCUAUGGCGCUUCGAAUCUUGAGCGAUUCAUCACGAAGCAAAGUGACAUCUCCAUCAAAGGCGUUCUAGCCAAUAUUGGCGCAGAUGGAAAGCGAGCCAAGGGAGCUGCGCCCGGAGCAGUAGUCGCAAGCCCGUCGAAAUCAGAUCCAGAUUACUGGUAUACCUGGACUCGAGACUCUGCCUUGACGUACAAGGUCCUCGUUGAGGAGUUCAUCCACGGAGACAAGUCCCUUCAACGGAAAAUCGACGAAUACGUUUCCGCACAAGCCGAGCUCCAGGGCGUGUCGAACCCAUCAGGCAGCCCCGAGUCCGGUGGGCUGGGAGAACCAAAAUUCAACGUCAAUCUCACCGAGUUCACCGGUUCUUGGGGUCGCCCACAACGCGAUGGCCCACCUCUCAGGGCGACGGCUCUUACACUCUACGCCAACUGGCUCGUUGCGAAUGGGGGCCGCUCCAAGGCCAUCACCAAGGUUUGGCCAGUCAUUGCAAAGGAUCUUGCGUACACGGUGAGAUAUUGGAACCGCACUGGCUACGACCUGUGGGAAGAAAUCAACGGCUCCUCGUUUUUCACACUCUCUGCGUCGCAUCGUGCCCUCGUUGAGGGAGCUGCGCUUGCAAAGACGUUGGGAAAAACCUGCCCUGACUGUGCCGUCAGCGCUCCUCGGAUUCUCUGCUUCUUGGAGAGUUUCUGGGUGGGCGACUACAUUGACUCAAACAUCAAUGUUAAAGACGGCCGCACAGGGAAGGACGCCAACUCAAUCCUCUCGUCGAUUCACACAUUUGACCCCAAGGCCAAGUGUACCGAUUCAACCUUUCAACCAUGCUCGGCACGGGCUCUUGCAAACCACAAGGCAGUCGUCGAUUCUUUCCGAUCCAUUUACGACAUCAACAAGAGUAGACGUCAAGGUCAAGCCGCUGCAGUCGGAAGAUACAGCGAAGAUGUGUACUACGAUGGCAAUCCGUGGUAUUUGACCACUCUCGCUGCUGCAGAGCAGCUGUACGCUGCCGUUUACCAGUGGAAGAAGCAAGGCUCUAUUGUUGUCAACCAAGUGUCGCUGCCCUUCUUCCGCGACCUUUUGCCGAAUAUCUCUACUGGCACCUACGGAAAGCGUACCAAGACCUUCGACUCAGUUAUCAAGGCUGUGCGCGCAUAUGCCGAUGAUUUUGUCGCCGUGGUUCAGACCUACACUCCAGCCGAUGGUUCCCUGACGGAGCAAUUUGACAAGACGUCCGGAUCACCAAAGUCAGCCGUCCAUUUGACCUGGUCAUACGCAUCAUUCAUCGGGGCAGCUGAACGUCGCGCUGGGAUUGUCCCUCCUUCUUGGGGAGAAUCUCGUGCCAACGCAGUGCCCUCGGUGUGUGAGCCAGCACCGGCCUGCGAUGCUACCAUAACAUUCAGCGUCGGAAGUGUGUCUGUGUCCAACCAGAAUGUUUUCGUUGUUGGCUCAAUCACUGAACUUGCCAACUGGUCACCUGCAGAUGGAAUUGCUCUUGAAGCCUCUGGGACCACCGCAGGUUUGUGGACAGCCACGAUCAAGAUCCCGUCAGACACGAUUUUCGAGUACAAGUAUAUUAAGAAGACGAGCGAUGGAACCGUUACCUGGGAGAGCGACCCCAACCGCAGAGCAACUUCGUCUAGUGGGUGUGGCAGUGUUGGUACUCUGGAUGACGAGUGGAGGUAA